AUGUAUACCAAACGGAAUCCGGCUUGGACUCUGUUCCUAUUGAGCACCUUACCUACUGGAUGGACUCUUUCUUUUGAAAUACCAUCAACCCCUCCAGCUAAUUCUAGUGGGAUUCUCAGCGCCGCUCCGGUCGGUGUGUCCUUUGAAUUUUUUGCCUUUCCCGGCUACAUGCAAGAUGUUCCUGGAACAGCGCAAUGUCUAGCCAACUUGGAAGCAGCAGCUGGUGCCAGUCCUACAAUUCGAAUCGGUGGUACCACACACAUCGCCGCAGCACAAACGGCUGUUGGUGCAGUGUCCAAUCUUAGCGCAUUUGAGCUAGGGAACGAGCCUGACGCGUAUUCCAACUCCGAUCCAAUCGCGGAAGGAAAUACCUGGUCGGCUUCGGCCGAUGCUUCUACUCAGGUCUCUUGGCAGGAGUCCGUUGCAUCCGCUAUUGGAAAAACAGACAUCAUACAGGCUGGAGUGUUCUCAUCAAAGAAGACAUUUAAUGUUCAAGAGCUUUCUGCUGCUGAGGGGAGUGCAGCAGCCUAUGUGAAAUCAUUCUCUGAUCACUAUUACCCGCAAACUGCAGGAUACGACAAUUUGGAGCUUUUGAUGAACCACACGGCAAUCAAGAACAGUAUAUCAUGGGCUGUAGACGAAAUCACUGCUGCCAAGAACCUGUCAAAGGAUUUUGUUAUGGGUGAAACUAAUUCUGCAACUGGUAUAGGUGGAGGCGCCGAUGUUAGUCCUACGUACGGGGCAGCAUUGUGGGUUCUCGACUACGUAUUGCAAGCAGUCCUAAUCGAUAUCAAGGAACUAUAUUUCCACCAGGGAACUAUUGGUAAUUGUCGGUAUUGCUGGUGGGGGAGAUACGACAUGGGAGCACCAUAUUAUGGUGCCUACAUGGCUUCGCUCGCGUUGAGCGGAGCGUCACGAAUCGCCGAGUUCGAUACGGGCGACCCCAGAUAUGCAGCAUACGCCAUCUACAGCGGAGAUGCCCCGGUCAAGGUUUUGCUGUACAAUUCUGAUUAUUUUACCGGCGGAACCCGCGAUUCUGUCAACUUCACCAUUUCCGGCAUUCCAAACACCGCGGCUACUGCCCAAAGACUAACGAGUAGCUCCGCUACAAACAGAGUUGACGAAGGUGCUACUGUUACGAUCGCAGGCCAGUGGUUCGCCAAUGGUACGUGCAUUCAGACCGGAACUGAGUCUUUAGAGACAACCGCUGUCUCUGACGGAGAGGCAACCUUUACUGUUGCAGCAGCUGAGGCCCUGUUAAUUAGUAUUGUGUAA